AUGGCGACCCUUGCCGGCCCCUCCUCCUCCCCCGUCUCCUCUCCCUCCUUCAACCGCCGCCGCAAAUCCUGGGCCCGGCGCAUCGAGCGCUGCUGCUGCUCGACAAUCACCCAUUUCCCUCUCGCCUUCGUCUACGGCCUGACCACCUGGGCAAUCUACGUCGAAGUUAACGUCGCCUUUCUCGACUCGGGACGAUGGUCUGCUUGCGCGAAGGCGGUGCUGGGAGUGCUGCUCUACGGCCUCGCGAAUGCGAGCUACACCGUCGCCGUUUUCACCAACCCCGGCUCCCCCCUGGAUCCGCGAAUCGAUCUCUCCUUAUCAUCUACAAGAGGCGGCAAAGGCGGAAGAGUCAAGAGUGGCUACGAUGUUCUCCCUACACAUGAGGACCACGCAUCUCCGGCACACCACCCGUCUGUGCCCGCAGACAUGACACUCGUGACGGCCAAGGCGAGCAACGGCAGUCCACGCUACUGCAAGAAAUGCCACACGCUCAAACCUGAUCGCUCACACCACUGCAGCACGUGCGGCCGCUGCGUGCUGAAGAUGGACCACCACUGUCCCUGGCUGGCAACGUGUGUGGGACUCCGCAACUACAAAGCCUUCCUGCUUUUCCUCAUCUACACCUCUCUAUACUGCUGGCUCUGCUUCGGCCUGACAGGCAGUUGGGUAUGGGCGGCGGUGACCGACGAUUCCAGAAUGCGCCAGAGCUGGCUGAUCAUCAACAACAUCAUGCUCGCCGUGUUGAGCGGCAUCAUAGGCCUAGUGUUGUCGGGGUUUACCGGCUGGCACAUCUACCUCGUCUGCAGAGGGGAGACGACAAUCGAAAGUCUAGAAAAGACGAGGUAUCUUUCGCCUCUACGCAAGAGCAUGGCGCCCUCGCAACACAGGGGAGACAUUCCCUCCGUCGGCGACAUCGAAGAAGGAAACGGCAUGCAAGACCAAGAAAUGGGCCUCUUGGACCAACUCAAAGAAACGCACGCCAACGCUCUACCCGGCAUUCUCCGACCAGAAGAAGGCGAAUCCUCCCACCCUCCAUCAAGUUCGCAAGCCAGCCCCAAUCCCCACCCCAACGCCUCCCCCGCCAAAGCCAGCCUCCAACGCUCCUACGCCGCCAUGGAAGUCCAACGCGAGCGCGACCGCUACAAUGCCUACCUCGACGAGCAAGACAGCGAGAAACUGCCGAACGCCUUCAACCUAGGUUGGCGACGGAAUCUCCGCCACGUCUUCGGGCAGCAGGCGCUCCUCUGGUUCCUGCCGGUGUGCAAUACGAGCGGCGACGGCUGGAUGUGGGAAGUCAGUCCGGUGUGGCAGGAAGCGAGGGCGGAGCAGGAAAGGGAGAGGGAGGCGAGGAUGAGGGAGGAUCGGGCCCGCUUGAUCGGCGGAAAGCACCCAUGA